AUGGAGAGGGAUAGGUUCUCUAGUAGAACUAAUGAACGAAGAGAACGAUAUAAUGACAGGUUUGAAAGAAGAGAACGAUCUUAUGAUGAUUAUAACAGUCAUGAAAGACGAAGGGAAGAAAGAUAUGAGUAUAGAAAUCGACAUGAAAAAAGGGAAGAAAAAAAAGGAAGAAAAGAAGAAGAAGUUAAUGACAAAGAAUCUAUAAUGCAACAAAUUGAAAAAGAAAGAAGAACAGUUUUUGUUCGUGGCUUAACAACUGAAGCAUCAAAUGAAGAAAUUAAAGAAUUUUUUAAUCAAGCAGGAGAAGUUGUUCAUGUUGAGCAAGUAAUUGAUACAACAACAAAGAGGUCAAGAGGAUUUGGAUAUGUUGAAUUUAAAACAAUUGAAGGAGCAAUGAAAGCAAUAGAAAUGAGUGGAAUGUUUUUUAAAGAAAGUUCACCAAUUUAUGUAAGUGAAUCAAAUGCACAACAAAACAGAAACACUAUUACUAUUUCAAAUACACAAUUACAAACCAAUAGAAUUAAAGUCAAAAAUAUGAACAAACAAUUAAGUAAAGAAGAUAUUGAAAAAGUAUUUGGUAUUGCAGGAAAAAUUAUAGAAUUAUCAAUUCAAGAAGAAGAAGAAUCAAAUAAUGUAAUAAUUGAAUAUGAUACAAUUAAAAUGGCAAAAAGAGCAAUUGAAUUAUAUGAUGGAAGAUCAUUUGGAAAUAUGAAAUGGGAAGUAUUUAGUAUUUGUGAAAAAGGAAGUGAUGUCAUUACAAAUGAAGAUGAACAACUUCUUGAAAGUAAAAGUAAAGAAAUGAUGCUUAAAAGAAUUCAAGGUGGAGUUGGUACUUUAUUUGGACAAGAAAAUAUAAAUCAUUAUAAAGCAUUAUUUGUACAAAAUGUAUUUACUCAAGGAAAAGAACCUAUUGGAUUUGAAAAAGAAUUACGCAAUGAUAUUUUAGAAGAACUAAAACAAUAUUGUCAAGUAAAAGAUGUUAUUGUAGAUUUAAUUCAUCCAAAAGGGGUUGUUUUUGUUUUAUGUGAAACUGAAGUAGAUGCAAAAAAAGCAUUUUCUGUAAUGCACCUUCGAUGGUUUAAUAUGCAUUUAUUGAGGGUAGAAUAUUACCCUGAGUCCAAAGUUCCUAUUGUUCAUCAAGAUUGA